AUGGCCUUGACAAUCCCAACACAUAAGUAUUAUAAUUCAUCUGCCAAACUACCACCUCCAAGAGCGGCAGGUGCUAAGAAGAUUAAUACUCCCACCGAUGUCAUUCCACCCGCGUGGAUGAGGUUAAAGGAAGACCUGCCCUACUAUAUGACUUUGAGUUGCAGCCCUGAAGCAAUGAUGUCAACUUUCUGUGGGGCAUUUUGGGAGCAUGAUAUCCCCUGCAAUCUGGUCAGUCCCUGGCUACAUCCGGUCCUCAAUGAGAUCCUAGGUGGGACGUCUGGCACAUUAGGGAGUCAUGCAGAAGCCCUUGCUUUUAUUGGUGCAAUCCGCCAGCCAAAGUUCAGUGCACUCUGGAUAGGAGCUGUUGCAAGCGGGUUAGGCCCAGAAAUACUCCAUAGAGUGAGGAGAGGCCGGCCUCCUCUUGAUCUGCAUGCAUUUCCCUGGACGGGAUGUCCGCAAAGCUUUAUGGACAUUGCAGGCUCAGGCCCAUACACUUACAAGAACCCCCAAUACAUCUUGAGAGCAGAUGUUUGGCGAUUAAUGCAUCUCCCUUCAACUGACCCGGAAGAUGAAUGUUAUCGGUACAGAUCUAGCACGCCCUGGGCGCCCUGUGGGACAUCUCUCGUAAAAGAUUGUGCCCUCCGCGUUGUGGCACACCUGGAGUGCUCUCGGCAUGAAUACAAAUAUGAUCAUUGGAAUUGGUACUUGCAAGAUGGCACUACGAUUCAGGACCGCGGGCUUUUGGAACAACCGACGGUAGCUGUGUCUGAGUAUCAUCCCGACGGUUUCAGCAUCAAGGCAUAUAGGGAUUUCAAGAGAACUAAUUUUGACCAAAUCGCUUCCCAGGAUGCCUCGCUGGAUAUAUUUCAAUGGUUCUGUAUAGGUGGAGAAGGCCUCCCCCCGGAGAGCAUUUAUCAAGACGACUGGCUUCGGGUAAUAUGGGAGGAGGACGAUAGUGAGGUAGAUGCUGAUGAGACUGAUGAUCGAGACUCACAAGGACCGGUCGGCAAGUCGAAUGAUCGGCUUGAAUCAUGGCUUAAGACAGCCGGUUGA